AUGUUCUUAAAUGCAACUUCUCCCCGGAGGUCGUUCAGCAUUCCCAUUAACAUCAACCUGCAGGGCUCCCGCGGCCGGCCGACACGGGAGCCCUUCUGCACCGCCGCGGGGCAGGACCACGACCGGAGUCGGAGAGGGGAUGGGCGGGGGGGCCCGGCCAUGCGGACCCAGAGGCUGGUGUCCAGCGUCGGGGAGGACCGGGCCGUCCUGCUCGGCUUCACCAUGAUGGCCUUCUCUGUGCUCAUGUUCUUCGUGGUCGGCAUCAACACGGUCAAACCGUAUGUGAACAGCUCCUGGCAGGAGGUGAGCUGCGUGCUGCUGCAGACCCACAUCCUGGAAGAGUGGGUGGACUGCAGAGGUGUGAGCACAGCGCCGUGCCUCAGGGCCACCGUUAACCUCAACCACUCCAGCUGGGGGGUUCUGCUCCACUUUGACGAGGAAUCUGUCCUCCUCGGUACCGAGUGCUUUUACAUACCAAAAUGUCAAAUGGACAGAAAGCGUCUCCAGGAGGAAGUGCAGAAAGUGAGAAGCAGCUUGGAGAGCCAGCUGGGAGCCAACUCCACGUGCCUGAGCGACGGCGGGGGCCGCGCCAUCGUGCAGCAGACGUACACCCUGGGGGGGGUCCUGCUGGGGCUGCUGUGGCCCUGCCUGAUGCUGGGCGGGGGGGCUCUGAUCGUGGGCCUGGUGAAGCUGACCCAGGACAUGGCCCACCUGUCCCCCGAGCCGGGCGGCCACGCCGCCGGGCCCACGGCCACAUGCGCUCACGGAAAACUGUACCGCCUCCUGAGAAGGUCCAGUGCCAACUCUCCGCCGUGACACGUCCAUGUUUAUGCCAUAGCAUACA